AUGUUUCAUCAACCAAGUUCCUGGGAGCUUUCUCUUAAUCGAGCAAAACAACACUUCCGUGAUCAUCAACAACACGGUUACGCAAAAUCUACCUGCAGCAUCUUCCCCGGUAUGAACGAGACACCCCUCAAUUUAUGGCUCGAGUCUGUUACUGGGGUCUUUGAAACGGAAAGAAACACCUCUCAGGGACAUAACUUAAGAGUUGCAUCAAAUCAGGGUAUACAUAUAGUAGGACAAGCACAACAUGCUGCAAACCUCUCGCCCAUUCUCAGUGCCACGGCAGACACUAGGAAUGCGGCCGCUGCAGCUUCUCGUGAUGGCAUUAAUGCGGGACUUCAAAAUACUAUGACCCAGCACCUCGGAAUCAAUGUUGAAUUGUCGAAUUACCAUGGCCCUCCCGUAUCCGCAAAAACCCAUACCCGAACCUUGCCGACAUCUUCAAGCCCAAGUUUAUCGUCCUCGUUUGCAUCAACUACAUUCACGGAAACUACCACACCGAAGCUCGAUAACAACCACUUUGAUACCCCUAGCUGGGAUGAAGCUAUCUCUGCCACUCAACCAGCAAACAUGCCAAAACAUUUUCGCGAAGAGGGACGACCCACAAUUGCAUCACGAGGCAAUUCGCAAUUAGACGGGUAUCGGGAAGACGAAAAAGUAAACAAAAUUACACGUGGAUUUGUGCCAUCUGCGAUCCUUAAAGGUAGUCGCCGUCCGCCCACUUCUGACAUUGUUCGAAAAGCUGCAGAGUUCGGUAUUACUUUUAAUCCCAAGUACAAAGGCGAGCUCACUAACUUUAACCUCCGCAAUGCGAUGUGUCUUGACCAUGAGAAUUGUUCCGUGAGAAUUCAUAAGAUCCCUCCAGAAGCUAGUCAUUGCGAGAUCUUCGCUUUGAUCACCCAUGGCAAGGUAUUCUCAUUCAACUACAUUCGUCCAGUCGAAAAUCUUUUCACUCACGCUGCUGCCGAUCUUGUCUUCCUGACGAGGGAGGCGGCAGAAAAGUUCCUCCAUGACGCCAAGUUCGGCCAUGGCCUUUUUAUCCGCGGCCAUAGAAUCACGGUGUUGUGGAACAGGAUUAAAAUAUUGCCUGCGGAAGGUCGAUAUGAGAAAAUGUCAAGAGUUGUCAGGAUUAAAGGUCCAGCCGAUAAUCUUUCAGAGAAAAUCCUCGAAGAAUUCUUCCGAAGUAAAUUUGAAUUCGAUCUUAUCACAGGCAAGGAAUGGUUUCAGUGGGAUGGUAGCAAGAUCGUUGAAUUGGCAUUCUCGUCCAUUCGUAGUCAGAGUGAGUCGGCUGUGAAAAGCUUCAACAUCUACAUCAACCAGAACAUGCCGAAUGCUGGAUAUCGUAUCUGGUAUGCGCUUGAUCCAUGCUCCAAAUCCGAUCAUAGAGGCGGAUUCUGA